UCUCAGAACGUGACGGAACCGACACAUCGCCAUUCGUAUACUGAAAUAAAUAUUUCCCACUUGCACAUUUACACAUACACUUUCUCUACUGUGCAUUUUCACCUUUUCUCGUUUGCCAAACACAAAAACUCUCUCUUAAGCUCUGUUUAUAAUCUCCUCUUCUUCCUCGAGAGUCUUUUAUUUGUCGGUAGGACCGGAGCAUAGCCACAUUGUGAUGUUAAUGUGUCCCUUGUUUGCUUUUGCUUCUCUGCAUAGCUUUUGCUCUGUUUCAAUUCCAAAUUCCGUUUCAGAAUUCGGAUUUUCUUUGCAUUUUGGAGUGGCUUGGCGAUUAGUUAAUGCAUGAUCAGAUUUUGGUUAGGAAUGAGAUUAUAUGUAUUCCGAUUUUAAGCUUUUUAAGAAGUAUUUUAUAGUAUUUAAGCUUGUGGAGUAAGUGAAAUAAUGGACCAGAAGCCAUGGCUAUGGAGGAAGAAAUCCACGGAGAAGAUGAUUGUUGCAAAUGACAAAAUAAAUCUAUCCCCCAAGGGAAAUCAAGAAGAGUUACAAACACUUCUGAGUGAUAAGGCAGAAUUGGAGAAAGACCUGAAAAGUUUAAAUGAUAAGCUUUCUUCUGCCCUAUCUGAGUGUGAUGCUAAAGAAGAUCUAGCAAAGAAACAAGCAAAGAUAGCGGAAGAAGCUAUGGCAGCCUGGGAGAAGGCAGAAGUGAUAGCAGUGUCUCUAAAGCAAGAGCUAGAUGAAGCCUUACAGCAGAGAAUUGCUGGAGAAGAAAGAUUAAGUCACUUGGAUGCAGCCCUCAAGGAGUGUAUGCAACAGUUGCGCUUUGUUCGAGAAGAGCAGGAGCAGAGGAUUCAUGAUGCUGUGACGAAGGCAUCAGCUGAAUUUGAAAAGUCCCAAAUAGUUUUGGAAGAGAAGUUGGCAGAUAGUAGUAAAAGGCUUGCAAAAAUAGGUGUCGAGAACACUCAUCUAAGUAAGGCUCUAAUGACAAAGGAAAAGUUGAUUGAAGAUUUGAGUAAACAGAAGGCUCAGAUGGAGUUGGAUUUUAAUGCUCUAAUGACUAGGUUAGAGUCCACAGAGAAAGAAAAUUCUUCGCUGAAAUAUGAGGUCCGAGUUCUAGAGAAGGAGCUUGAGAUUCGAAAUGAGGAGAGAGAAUUUAAUCGUAGAGCAGCUGAUGCAUCACAUAAGCAACAAUUAGAGAGUGCAAAAAAAAUUGCUAAGCUAGAAUCAGAAUGCCAGAGGUUACGUCUGCUUGUUCGCAAGAGAUUGCCAGGUCCUGCUGCCUUGGCAAAGAUGAAAAGUGAAGUUGAUAUAUUGGGAAGGGAUUCAAUUGAAAUGAGAAGGAGAAGAACAAAUUCUAGUCCUACUGGUUUAAUCAUUGACCUAGAAGUUGAAAACUCCCUUGAAACUCCCAGCAAAAAGGUCAACUUUCUGACUGAUCACUUGUAUGCCUUAGAAGAAGAAAACGGGACUCUCAGAGAAGCCCUUAAUAAAAAAGCAAAUGAACUUCAACUUUCAAGAACCAUGUACGCUCAUACAGCAUCUAAGUUAUCACAGGUUGAGUCGCAUCUUGAUGAAUUGUCGAAAGUCCAGACAACCUUGGAGCCAUCAAGAACUGUUCUUGCUCCGCAUGAGCUCUGUCUGACCUCAAUGUCUGAUGUUGGCAGUGAUGAUAAGGUUAGUUGUGCUGAAUCAUGGGCUUCUGCUUUGAUUUCAGAACUGGAGCACUUCAAACAUGGGAAACAAAGGGGUUCACCUUCAGGUAAAACUGUAGGAGCUUCAGAUAUAAAUCUAAUGGAUGACUUUGUUGAAAUGGAAAGACUAGCUAUAGUUUCAGCUGAUAAGCAGUCAGGAACUGGUAAUGCUAAGGCAACCAUUAAUGCCUUGGAAACCAGUUUGAAUGGGUAUUCCUCACAGGUAACUUGUAGAGAGAUCAUUCCAGUGUUGGAUUCGGGCUUGGGGGUAUCUAACCAGGAAAUUGAGUCCAAGGAUUUACUGAUUGGUAAAGCUCCCGAUUGCAUUCAGGAUAACCUGAAAGUGCCAUUGGAGCAAACCCAUACACCUCAAAGAAAACCUGAUAGAAUACUGGAUGAUGUUAGAGUAGCUUUGGCUGAAUUGAGUAAUCGAAACUCCACGGGUUAUGGUAAUACAAGAGAGAGCCCAAAGCACCUUGAUGCAUCAGAUUCCCCUCAUGCUGGUGGAGACAUCUCCUUGAACUCUACAGAUAAGUCAUUACCAGUGGAUUCAUCUCCUGUAAUGAAUGAUGUUGACAUCUUGUUGACAGUUGGGAAUGAUCAGCAAGUCCACUCAGAUUUAGGAAAAUCAUUACACAAGAUCAUUGAGCAUGUUGAGAGGAUUACUUUACCUAUUUAUGGUACAUCAGAGACUUCGUCUGGAAAGAAUGGGAAUUUCCUCCCAUAUAAGAAUGUAGAAACAUCUUCAGGCUACAUGGUUCGUGUUUUCCAGUGGAAGACUUCUGAACUUAGUGUUGUAUUACAAGAAUUCAUUCAUGCUUGUUAUGAUCUGUUGAAUGGAAACUCUGAUGUGAACAGGUUUACCCAAGAAUUAAGUUCUGCUUUGGAUUGGAUAAUAAACCACUGCUUUUCCCUUCAAGAUGUUUCAAGCAUGAGGGAUGCAAUUCAGAAGCAUCUAGAUUGGGAUGAAACACAAAGUGAAAGUGAAGUAGAAGUUGGAAUGAUUAGUCAAUUUCCAGAAGUGCAUAAAUUGGGCCUUCCCCAGGAACAGUUCUCAUUUUUGCCUAAAGCUGCUGCCUCAAAUGAGCAUAAUAACUGUUCUGAAAAGGAUGAAUUUCGAUCUAAUAUUAGGGAUGAAAAUAAAAGGCUCAAAGAUGAAUUGAUUAGCGUAGAAUCUAUAAAGAAAGAGUUGGAAGCGAGACUUCAGUUAGCUACAGAUCAGAGUGAAUCAUUGAUGAAUAAACUUCAGGAAUCAGAGGAAACCAUUGCAAGCUUGCAAAAAGAGCUAGAAACUCUGAAAAUGUCAAAAGAAAGUAUUGAAAAUCGAAGUGAAAAUCACAGGUUGAUGAAAGAAGAUCUUGAUACACAGCUUACAGCAGCCAAAGCAGAGUUAAAUGAAGCUUGCCACAAGUUUGCUUCCUUGGAAGUGGAGCUGGAGAACAAAAAUGGCUGCUGUGAAGAAUUGGAGGCCACAUGUCUUGAACUGCAGCUCCAACUUGAAAGCAUAACAAAGAAAGAAAUCCCUAAUCAUGAACUCCACCAGGAAGAGACGAAACUUCGAACUGAUUGGGAGAUAACAGCUGCUUCAGAAAAGUUGGCGGAAUGCCAAGAGACCAUUCUAAACCUAGGGAAGCAGUUAAAGGCAUUGGCUGCACCGAGUGAAGCAGUCCUCUUUGACAAGGCCAUGUCUAGCUCCAGCGAUACAAAUGCUGCCUCAGCCACCACCGGGUCAAGCACAGACACAGCCUUGACUGCAGCCAGGAAAAAGUUGAUGAAUCAAAGGUCCUCCCUUAUAGAUCAGAUGCUAGCAGAGGACAACGCUGAGACAAAGGUCAACGAAUCCCUGAAGAUCAAAGAAAGGGAUGAAAAUAGUUCUACCUUUGAUUCUAAAGGGGUAAUAGAACCUCUGGAAAAUAUCCUCAUCUUGAAUGGAACUAAAAGUCAGGAUGGUGAUGCUGCAGUUAAUUCUUUGGCUAUUGUUCCUAGCAAGAAACAGGGUGGCAAAAGUUUGUGGAGAAAGUUAUUUUGGAGAAAGAAGAAAUCCAACAGCAAGAAACCACCCCUUCCAUUUGCUCCAUGACAGGGUCAUCGCGUAGAAUAAAUGGUUCGAGCGGACGGAUUUUUAUGAUGGUGGUUCUUUCGUAAGCUGGAGACGGAAUGCAAUAAGGUAUGCUUUUUGUUAAUAUUUUGAGAGCGUUUUUCAAGGUUGGGUAUUUCUUCUGUAGAUACAUCUGUCGACUAGACCAGUUUUUGUUCAAUACCAAAAAAAAAAAAAAAAAAAAAAA